AUGAGUUACCUCGAUUCCUACCUCCCACCGAACCUGCAACGCUACGACGAUCAUCGCUACUCGACCAAAAUCCACGUUAAAGCGCCCGGGUUGAGUCUCUCGAGCUCGUACCGUUCUUCAUCACCACACCCAGCAAAGAAACGCUACGCCGGUUACAGCUCACGCGACGAUCACUACUACAACUACCACAACGACUACUGCCACGGCGGUGCCGGUCCUUCCGUCGCCUCGGCCGUACAGCCAGCGGAUAAAAAUCCGAAGCGACGCAUGGCUAGACGAAUCACCAUCGAGACGUCCGCGUCGGGACAGCAAUAUGUAUCGAUACAGCGGUCGCGAUCAGGCAGCCGCCAGACCAAUCACCACCACCACCACAUCCCACCGAACCACCCACCGCACUACCAUCACCAUCACGACUAUGUAAGAGUCUUGAGAGAGACUUGGAAUCGCAUGGUCGAAAGAGAAACAGCACUGGAUAAAGCGAACAAGGGUCUCAUAUGUGAAGUCGGCAAUUUGAAGAAAGGCUUGGAAGCUGCUCAAGCUGAAGCCCACCGCUUAGGCAACGUUGUCAUACCCCAACUCGAGUGCCAGAUUACCAAUCUGAGUGCAGAGAAUCACACCUUGAGAUGCGAGUUACAAACCACGACUGGGAGCAGUGAUCGGCAUCAUAUUGAGAUGGAGGCCCUGCGGAUACGGAUCUGUCACCAAGACAAAGAGAUCAAGGACUUGAAAUACGACAAGGCCAACCUAGAGCGGAGAGUGGAGGAGCUCUUGCGCCAAAUCAAUCAGCACAGGUGCGGAGGGUGCGGAGGAGACUGCAGCAGAAGAAUACAGGACUUGGUGCGUGAUGUGGCGCACUGGAAAGAGAAGUUCUUCGACAUGCAGAAUCGCCGAAACACUCUGUCCGAUCUGGUGGACACGCAACAAAGGAAGAUUUGCAAAGUUGGUGUUCGUGGCCGAACGCACCUCGACGUCACUCGAUUGCCUCGUAUUAUGCGCAGCAAACGCAGUGGCAUUCACAAACUUGCAUACCGGCCAAGUCGCUCGGGCACCUCGCCCGCCUAUUACACGAUAGAAUGGAGGAUACGACGCCUGCCGUGUAACAAGGCGUGCACACGGCGAUAUCAAGUGCUUCCCGAGGGCACCCAAAUUUCCUUGUCAUAG